CUCAAAAUUGCAAGUUUUUAUCUCACAAUUCUGAAUUGCGAGUUAUAAAGUCAAAAUUGUGAGAUCCCCCCUCCGAAUUGGACGUCAUAACUCGCAAUUAUGAAUUUAAAUCUCACAAUUCUAAGAAGUCAGAAUUGUGAGGAAAAAAAGUCAGAAUUGUGAGAUAUACACUCACUUGCACGAAAAAAGUUCUCUAUAAUUCUGACUCUAUAACUUGCAAUUGCAACUUUAUAUCACAAGAUUCUGAGAAGAAAGUCAGAAUUUGCAGAAACAGGCUUCCAUAAUGCAAUGUAUUUAUGCAUAUAUUGACUUUAAAAACUGUUCAAGAUAGAGAUUUAGCUUUUUUCACUAACUACUACCAGUGAAUAGUAAACGGAGUACUAACAGUGCUGUUAAGUGGCUAAUAUAAACAUUUAUGUACUCUUAAACAACAAGCUGCUUUGCCUUUUCAAAAGAGACAUUUUUUUUUACUGUUCUUUUUUUUGUAUUGCAUGAGAUUUCAUGCAUUCUGCUAUUUCUCGGUGUCAGUGUUUUUGUUAUCUGAUGUUCAAGUAAUGGUUUCUAUUCUUUCUGAAAACUGAAAAUGGCAAUUUAGGUUGAUAAUUUUCAAUAACUAAAAUUUUUAUGCAUCAUUAGUCAUAUGGAAUACUUUUAUGGUGCUUUUUUUUGGGUCAUUUUUGGAUCUUUACAGUAUUUGCCCCCUUUCACUUUUAUUGCAUUAAAAAGAAUGGCGAGAACAUUCUGCCUAACCUCGGUUUUUGUGUUUCACAGAUAGAAUAAAGUCAUACAGGUUUGGAAAAACUUGAGGAUAAGUAAAUGAGCAACAGAAUUUUCAUUUUUAGUUGAACUCUCCCUCUUGUUUUCAGUGGUCUAAGCAUGUGCAUGUUGUCUCUGUCACUUUAGCUGUCUGGAGUGCUGUAGCAAAGUCACUCAAUAAUUCAGCUGCUUGACUGUCCCACUGAGGCUUCUUGUUUCUCUCCCUUUCUUUUACGAAGGUGGAUUGAGAAAGACUUUUAAUCUGGGAGCAUUUUGCAGCUGUAAUAGUUUUCAUUUCAGCUCCACCAACAAAAGCAUGUUGGCUGUUGCCAUGGCGUCAGUGUUUCACAGGCAGGCUUCCUGUUUUGGUGGUCUGUUACUUAGAAAGAGUGAGUUUCCUGUUGAGCCAGACUGAAAGAAAAGGAGAGUGGCUCGCGUUGGCUCUGCGCAUGAGUCCUGGAGUUUGCCACAGGGAGUCAGCAGAGUGUGGGGUAUGAGUCAUGACGUCUGUGGUGCUUGUAGACAGUGGAGGAACAGUGGUGGAGUAUGUUACAGCAGUGGACGACCAUUUACCGGAGGAGGGUGUGUAUGAGGUUGAGGGAGAAAUGGAGGGAGAGGUGGAAGGAGAGGCGGAGUACCCUGCGGUGAUCGUGGAGCCAGUGCCCGGUGCGCGGUUGGAGCAGGGCUUCGCUGCUCAGGUGCUGGUGUACGACGAUGAGACUUACCUGAUGCAGGGAGUGGCUGAGGAGCAGGAGGUGGAGACUGAGGUGCUGGAGACAGUGGAAGCAUCAGUUCAUGGCUCCAGUGUGCACUGCUCUGAUAAAACCAUCGAGGCUGCUGAAGCUCUUCUACACAUGGACUCUCCCUCCAGCUUGCGUGGAGACCGGAGCCCAGAGGUGUUUGUGCCUCCAUGUAUCAAUACUUCGGAGUUCCUGCAUGCUGCUAUGCGACCUGACGUGCUGACAGAGACGGUGGUGGAGGUCAGCACAGAGGACUCGGAGCCCAUGGAGGUGGUUACAGUUCUUCAGGAACCUGAGAUGCUGGAGACGGAACCCAACAAGAGAAGAAAAUCUGGGCGGAAACCCAAACCCCAUCACAUUUCAAACGGAUCUCCAGAUCUGGGCAUCAAGAAAAAGUCUAGGGAAGGGAAAGGAAGUACAUACCUGUGGGAGUUCCUGUUGGACCUGCUGCAGGAUAAGAACACCUGUCCCAGAUACAUUAAGUGGACACAGAGGGAGAAAGGCAUCUUCAAGCUGGUGGACUCUAAAGCUGUGUCAAAGCUCUGGGGCAAACACAAGAACAAACCUGACAUGAACUAUGAAACGAUGGGCAGAGCGCUCAGGUAUUACUAUCAGAGAGGUAUCUUGGCUAAAGUAGAGGGUCAGAGGUUGGUCUAUCAGUUUAAGGAAAUGCCUAAAGACAUUGUUGUCAUCGAUGACGAUAAGUGCGACCCUGGCGAUGACGUAAUCGGAGAGAAGGCCUAUGAGCGCGUUCCUCCCUCAUCUGACACUCUAUUGACGACUGACCUCUCCAAAUCCCCUGCCAUCUUGAGAGGGGGUGGCAGGACUAUAGUCCACCCAGGCUCCCCAAAAGCUAAAGCUGCACUUACUGCAAGUCCCGUUCAGCGCAUCGUAACAGUCUCCACGACAACGGAUCCAUCACAGCAGUCUCAUGCCACCAUUAUUCCUAAUGCCAAUGCACCCAGGACUGUGCGGGUUGCUAUGCAAGUGCCGGUGGUUAUGACAAACUCCUUGGGGCAGAAGAUCUCCACAGUGGCCGUGCAGUCAGCAAACCCUUCGCUCUUCACCACAGCGCCCACCAAUGCCGGCUCACCGACUGGAGUGAACGCACCCAAAGUCCUAAUCCAGACCAUGCCAACGAUGGUGCCCGCCACAGCAGAGAAUGGUGACAGGAUCACAGUUCAGCUUGCCAAGAUAAUCACCAUCCCUGCAACCCAGCUCACGCAGUGCCAGCUUCAGGCCAAACCAGGCACCCCCACAGGCAUCAAUCUGAUGGGCGCCCCCCUCGCCGUCCGAGCCCUCACGCCCGUGUCUGUGGCGCCGGGGACACAGGUGGUCAGACUGGCGGUACCUGCCCAGCAGAGUCCGGCUCAGGCGAAGACGCAGGUUCCCGUUUCAAUCCAGACGCAAACUCAAGUCCCAAUCUCCAUUCAGACAACGUCUACUCCGGUCACUGUACAGAGUCCGGCGUCAGUCCCAGUUCAGAUCCAGGUUCAACAGAGCCAGCUCUCUCCAAAAGCGAAGAGCACAGCCCAAACCUCAGAGUCCAAACCCGACAGCACUUCUGAGCAGGACAGUCUCGCACAGGAAGCAGUAGAGGUGGUAGAGGAAGAUUCAAAACCACAGUUCGCAGCAGAGAGCUGAAGAGUGAUGCGCUUUGUCGGCCAUGAACAAUUAUAAAUGAAUUUAUAAUCCCCAGAUACUAUUCAAUCACAUUCUGGGAAUACAAACUGGAGUUGUACAGUUUCAAGUUCAAUUGUGGUUUCAUUUUAUAUAUUAAAAAAAAAAGGCAGGCAAAGACUCCAGCCUUUAUCGAAGCCCCAAUUCUCACAUCAUGUGAACUAAACCUGGAUGUCCGUCAUUUCAAUUAUGAGUUGUUAAAGGGACCAAUGUAAAGAACACUACAGUUCUCCAAAAAAAAAAACUACUUUGACACUAAUGACAGCUAAGCAGAACACUAAGGAGCGAGUAGGUGUAGUAGUCAAAUAUGUGAACUUUUGAGGGAGUAUAAAUUCAACUUUUUAUAACUUGUAUAAAGAUUUUUUCUUUAACAUUAAAAUUGCAAGGCAAAACCAGCAGUUUCUUUUGACGAUCACUGUGAGUCACGCUUCUGCCCGUGUUUCACAGGAACAUGUCGAUUCUCCCUCCAUCUCUACUAAGAGAAGUAAUGGACUUUGUAUAUAGGAAUUAUACAGUUUACUGAAUUUAUAAAAAAUGCAGCCUUAGAACAGUUUUUUUUUUUUGUCUUGUCUUUUUUCUUUCUUUUUUUUUUUUUUAAAUCAAGCUUAUUAAGCUUUUGUGUUAAGCUCAUGUUUUGUUGUUGUUGUUGUUGUUGUUGUUGUUGUUUUCUUUCCUCACACACUGUACCAAGCACAGUAUUAUUGGCAAGCAAACUGCAAAGCAUUUUUUGCAUUCUCAUUUCAAUCUCUUGGAUAAAAAAGGCCAUACUAUUUUGGUGUAAUCAUAUCUGGGUCCAAAUUCCAGAACAAUGGCAAUUUGUCAACACAAAAGAGAAAAAGAAAGGUCAAUCGGCAGCAUGUAUCCUCGCUGCAAAUACAUUUCUAAAGCGUUUGUUUUCUUUUGCUUUUUAUUAGUCCUUAAAGAGGGAGAACAAGAUGUUUGUGUUCAGAAUAAUCUAGUUUGUAUAUUCAACAUUUGAAGUAUAUUCUAUUUUGUUGUACUCUUGUUUCAAAGUGUACUCAAGUAGAUUUUACUCAAAUACAAAAAUAUUCCUGAA